UACAGCGGCAGACACCCGCAGCGUGCCCUUGUAGCUUCUAGCUAGCUACUUGAUUAGUAGGUAAAUAGAGUAAGCGUUGAGCCAUAUGAACAAUAUUUUUCAAGCUUACACACAUUUUUUAGGCAAAAGUUUUUCCAUACAUUUUUAAACAUCUUUUUAGGCUAUAGACAUGCCGACUUCUCCCGUAAAGACACGCAUUCCGCUGACAAGCUUUGGUCAUCUCAUAACCGAGGUCAAGAAACAACUCUUUGGGAUUAAUGCACCAAACCCAACUCAACUGACAGGAUGGAGGAAAUAUUUUAACAGCUACACAUUACAAGGACGCAGAAAUUUUGUUCUUGCCACAUAUGGUGCUCUUGCACUCACAGCUGCUGCCUACAUGCUGAGGCGCAGCAGGAAGAAGGAACUUGAAACCGCAUCUGUGUCCUCGUAAACAAAAAAAAAUGUUUCAGUUUGGGGUUUUUGAGGGUUAAAAUGUAUAAUAAAUUAUUUAUAAUCACCACAUGAAUGGACUGUGGCUAACAGAUUGUUGUCCAUUUGACUCUUUUUCGUGAUUUGCCAACAGAGUGCAGAAAUAUUGAGUGUCCGUGCUUCUUUUGGAAGCAAAUGGGGCAGUUGCUUUGUUUUACAAUGGUUGGUUGUAGAAACUAGCAAUUAGCGCCAUUUCUAGCUAUAAGAGGUAUAAGCAGCCGCUUUGGGCCCUUGAGCCACCAGGGUGCCCCACAAAGCAAGGUCGUUUUUUUAUAUUUAGGGGCCAAGCACCGAAGGUGAGAAGCUCCUAUGGGAUCUGUUAGUGUUCUUAUUAUUUUUCCGUGGAAAGUCUAUGGCAGCCCAUAGAACCGUACCAAGGAAAGAAUUUGUCACACUGAUAGAGUACACUGUCAAAUGUAACUGACCCAAAUGUGGUGUCUCUCACUCCAACCCUCUAGUGUGACCAACAUUUCAAAAUGUCUCUUACGUUUUGGAAAUGGUUAACCCUUUUCUGAAGUGGUUAUUUUGAAUAAGUAUUAUUUUAAUUUGUUACUCCAAAAAGCAUCUUGCUGUCUUAAAAGUAUUUGCCUAUGUUGACAAAUCUCCCUCUCAAAUGUAACUGACUCAAAUUUGGGGUCUCUCACUCAAACCCUCUAGCGCCACCAACAGUUCAAAUUGCCACAUACCUUUUUUGCCUAACUUUUGAACCGUAAGUCCUAGUAACAAAAUAAUUUUCCUACUGAUUCCUUGGGUCAUGCCCCAGAUGCUGCAUUGUGUUUCGGCUCCGCCAACUCGGCUUUUCGGCAUUUCAAAUUUUUGGUUAAAACCUACUUUUUCAAACUCCUCCUAGGCUGUGUGUCUGAUUUGCACAAAAUUUGGUACAUAUCAUCUAGAGACACUCAUGACAAAAAGUUAUGGAAUUCAUGAUGAUAAACCAAACUGUUCUUAUAUAACUCAACAAAUAUGACAGCGAGUACACCAAAAUGCACGUAAAGCUAUAUCUUUGCAACGAUUUAUGUAUUGACAUGAAAUUUACAAUAUGUCAUUACAAGCAUGACCUGAGUGUACCUGCACAGUUUUGGCACAGUGCCACCUAGUUGUCAGGAAAUAUGAAAAACCUCCAAUGUUGCUUAUAACGUCUGAAUAGUUUGGCCUAAAAUCAUGAGACUUGUCUCUUUAGAGUCCCUGGUGCAUAAGUUGAAUGAUAUCCAAUUUUUCUAUGCCUGCAUUUUUGGGCUUCAGCCGUGACCAGGCACGAGCCGGUAUGGAACUGGCAAGCCAAGUACACCUGGAGCUUUAAAAGUGAGUCUGAUUUGCAGCUGUAUUUUUUAAAUAUUUAUUUUGUUUUAUUUACAAUCUUUGUAAAGUUAUUUAUUGUUAUUAUUAUUUUAUAAAAGGGUGGGCCUCCAAGUAGGAAUUUGCUUAAGGGCCCCCAUAUGCUCAGAAAUUGCCCUGCUAGCAAUGCUAGCAAUGUAGACUGUAACACACACUUGAAAUCCUGUCGAAUGCAAUGCUCAGAGGGUUUGCAGUCAGAUUUUUAGACUAGAGAAAUAUCAGUGCUGUUUUAAAAUGAUUCUGUGCUUUUUGUUUCAGGAUCAUCAAUUCUGUUGAUUAUGAUGUGGCAUCAUUCUGAAAGUGAUGAUGUUUUCCUAUUGCAUUCCACAGUAGAUUCUAAUGUUAAGACAAUCAGCUGGCAAACUACCUCUUUCUUUUAAGAGACCAGUUUCUUGUGGUACCUGGGUCAGCCAAAGUGAAACUGAAAUGAAAAAGCACCUGCAUUCAGGUCUGCUGUAUGGCUGUACAGAAUUACUUGUUUAUGUGUUGGGACCAUGGAGGAAUGUCAUGAUUGGGCCCCAAUCGAGAAUGGUCCAACACAAUGACACUGACCUUCCAGUUGUGCCACAAGGCCCAUCCAAGCCAGCAGAGCCCUCUACGCCCUGUUCUGUCCCACCAACACACUUUCGCCCCUUUCGCCACCAGCAGGACUGUAAUCUCAUCACCCAGGCUGUGCAUCACUUGAGCCACAGUGGAUUUUAUUGGGGUCCCUUGGAUGUGGAUGAAGCUCACGCACAACUUGCCAAGCUCCCCCUUGGGACAUUCUUAAUCCGGGAUAGCAUGCAGGUGAAUGUUUUCUUCACUCUAAGCUAUCGGGCUCCCGAGGGACCUACAAGUGUACGGGUGCUCCUGAAAGAUGGGGGUUUUAAUUUGGCUGGGAGUAAACACAGUUUUCCUUGUCUAUUUGCCCUGCUGGAGUACUAUAUAUCCUCCCCCAAAAAGAGUCUGAGUAAGCCCUAUCGUGGAGAAGCAGCACAAAGCCUACAAGAAAUGGCAAGGAGAGCAGUGGUGCAAAGUUUUGGGAAGGAUAGCAUUCAACAACUCCCUGUGAGCAAGAAGCUUAAAGAAUUUCUGUGGUUGUACCCAUUUAGUAUAUGAUCAGAUUUGACCUGUUUACUUUCACAUUUUUCCUUUAAGAAAGUGUAAUUUUUUAUCAUUUCAGAGGAUUCAGAAGCAUGGGUUGCUAACUAGAUCAUACUGUAGUGUAUUUAAGUGUGUGAUUGUUUGGGUUAUUUACAGAAAAAAGCACUACGACACAGUUUUAUAUGAAAGAUACUGCAUAAUCGGUAGCCUACUUUUCCAUCAUGAUUGAUGACAAUGAUUGUUUUAAGCAAUUACUGGUACUGGUAAAGUGUUACAGUCUGUAUUAUUGAAUAGGACAACUUUGUUACUUUUAAAUAUUAUUGUCUUUAUAUAUGAAUGUAAACCCGUGAAGACACAUAGAACUGGUACUGACCAAUAUCAGUAUAAUAAUUUACAUUUUGUGAUUCAGUACAAUAUUUAGACUUAUGCAUUAUGCCAUUCUGCCAUGCAGAUAUUCAAAGCAUUUCACCUAGUUUGAUGUUAAAAGAGUUUUGUUUAGGAUUGCAUUUUUAUUAUUACAAUAAACAUAAUUUAAGUAAUCUGUUUAACUAUUUAGCCUAUCAGUUGAUUUAAUUUACUGUUAUCUAUCUCUCUCUGUUUCUCUUUUGCUUUUUCUAUGCACUAAUGGUUUACUUGUAAUCUGACCCGACCAGGAAUUGCCAGAAACAUACUAAGUUCACACUUCAAAUCAAAUCCCUUUAUUGUCACUCAACCAUAUACACAAGAACAACAUUGUGUGAAAGUCUUGGGCCACAUCUAGGGGAACAUACGAGUUAUGUAUCCACCAGCUGUAACCCUUCAUGUUCCAGCAACUAUGAGAGUUAUGCACUGAAUAAAAAAUGACGAGUAAGAUUUACUUAAUUGUUAUCUUAUUUUAAA